UUCCAGGCUAGCGUUUUGUCUCACUGCGAUCUAAACCACGAAUUCAAGUUGAAGAAUUCGGUUGCUGUCUGACUCAUGCCCAGCCCAGAGGUCAACCAGUAGAACCAUGACCUUGGUGACGACCCUCAAGACGUAAAGAGCCGGGCUUCCAAGUCAAGUCAAGCUUCUUCAUCCACCAAACUUGAUAUACAAAACCAGAGUCCAAUACAGAUGUCGAACUCACCUCGCGAGUCCAUGUUCCUGGACACGCCAGAAGUGGGGGGAGAAAAAGAAAUUCCUAAAACAACUCCCGCGACGGAUGUGGCUGAGUCUUGGCGUUGUAGUCACGGGGUAUGGCGUGCGCAGCCUCAGUCUGACAUCGGGCUGGCCACCCAGUUUGCCAAAUAGACACCCGGCACGACAUAUCUUCAGACGACGCUCGAGACGGGAUCGUUGGGGGAUCCGAUCUGCGCACCCGGACCCUGUAACCCAAACCCCGCGAAUUGGAAAUCUUGGGUCCUUGUACUCUGUAAGCAUUACUUGAAACACGAUUGAAAAAAAGAGAGGGGAGAAAGAGGAAGAAGGAAAAAAGACGAAGGAAGGUGUGAACUCCAUAUCAUCGCCAGGUUUCACACUAGAGGCCACUCAAGGACCCAUCCAAAGAUGUUGGCCACAACGUGGGAGCACAGCCUGCGGGCGAAUGCGGCGCGUGCGGCAGACGUCUUGAGGCACAAUUGGCAUAUGGGUGUCACAGCCUUCGGAGGCCCUCCGGUGCAUUUCAAAAUCUUUCACGACCGCUUCGUAAAGCGGCUGCGAUGGAUCGAUGAAGAGAUGUUCCAGGAGCUCUUUAGCAUCUCCCAGGCCCUCUCGGGACCCGCCAGCACCAAGAUGCUGUACUGCAUCAACCUUAUCCAGAACGGCCUCCUCGGCGCCAUCCUAGCGUUUUUCAUCUGGAGUCUCCCCGGUGCCUUGGGAAUGUACGGCCUCUCUGUCGGCGUCUCGGCCAUCGGCUCAUCCCUUCCGCGCGCCGUCUACGCCCUCCUUUCGGGCCUCAACGCCGCCACCGUCGGCAUCAUCGCCCUGGCGGCCGUCGAGCUCUCCAACAAGGCCAUCACCGACAGGCUCACCCGCACCCUCGUCUUUCUCUCCGCCGCUGCGGGCAUGAUGUAUAAUGCACUGUGGUACUUUCCCGUCUUGAUGUGCGCCGCGGGGUGCGCCACCGUCGUGCACGACUACCGCUGGGUUCACAAGCCUGCGCGGCGGGCCACCGGGAUGGUGAGGGCUUUACUGGGGAAGAGGAGAGAGAGGUCUUCCGCCGCCGCCGCAGCUGAAGGCGAGGGUGCUGAUCGCGGCGUCGAGCUGCAGACCACGACGAUGAUGGCGACGACGACCAUGGCCACGGACCACAGCAAGGAUCUCGGGUCCGUUGGAACCUCGUCCGCCGCCGCCCUGCGGCCCUCGUCGCCGCCCGAGCAGAGGACCGCCACGUCGACGCCCUCCGAACCGCGGGCAGCGACCCCAUCGCAGGAAGGCCAAGUCCGUAGCUCCCUGGCCGACGGCGAGCCCCGCGUCAUCCCCAAGGGGUUUCGCCUUGACUUCUCCUGGAAAGUCGGCACAGCCGUCAUCGCCGCCUUCUUCGCCACCUUUGUCGGCGUCAUGAUCGCCCGCGGCGUGGUCAAGGACCUGCCCAUCCUGUACAACCUGUUCUCCAACCUCUACCUCGCCGGAACCAUCAUCUUCGGUGGCGGGCCGGUGGUGAUUCCGCUUCUCCGCGAGUACAUCGUCGCCGAGGGGUGGGUGUCGCCGCGGGACUUCCUCAUUGGCCUAGCCAUCGCGCAGUCCUUCCCAGGGCCCAAUUUCAACUUUGCCGUGUUCCUCGGCGGCCUGACGGCGAUCAACGCUGGCCACUCGGCCGCCGUGGGCGCCCUCAUCGCCUACAUCGCCAUCUUUACCCCCGGCAUGGUCCUCGUCCAUGGCACCAUGGGUGUCUGGGGCGUGCUGAGGAGCAGGCCGUGGGUGAAGGCCGCAGUGCGCGGGGUCAACGCCGCGGCCGUCGGACUGAUUUACACCGCCGUAUACCGGAUCUGGCAGGUCGGAUACCUAGACGAGGGCUUCCAGUCCGGUAGGAGCUUGGGUGACGACCCGUGGUGGGUUGUUGUCACGGCUACCGCGUACGUGGGUGGCAGGUACUACGGCGUCGCAGCACCCUUUGCCAUCCUUCUGGGUGCCGUGAUGGGUCUGGUCCGAUACGGGGUCGUUUCUGGACGGGAAUGAUACCGGAGCAGUGUAAUUUGCCGCCAAAGACUAGUGGGGUUGUUGUGUUGUGAGAUGUUCGCACAGCAGGCACCUGCUUCACUCUAGAGACAAUCUCGGUGUUGCUAUAUAGCAGAUUCUCGGGAAACGGCCGCACAUAUGGUUCAAGCACGUGCUGUGCAAAGCACCGUCAUUUGGUCCACGCGUUUGUUUUGAUUCCGAGAUGGUCUGAGGCGAUAUAGCUAUGUAGCGUACAUGACCACCAGAAACCCCGUAUCGAAUCCCCUUGACAUCGACAACGCCGGUCUGGUCAUCGAACAUUGUCUGU